AUGACGGAUAUAAAAAUUGAUGAAAAGAAACCAAGUAUUAAUCACAAUGGGAUUCAAAAAAGAUUAAUUAUUUCAAUCUUGGGAACUGUUUUAUUAUUAAUUAGUUUCCUUGCAUUACCACAUCUUAAAUCAAAUUAUAUUAAUACCUUAAUAAAUAGAUUCCAUGGAAAUUGUCAAAACGAUUAUUUAGUAAUUGGAGGAAGUACCAUUCCAUUAAUACAACCUACAACCACCGAAUUAGCAGAUGAGAUGGUUAGAAGAGACGUUUUGGCUGUUAAUGGAACCAUUGGAAAUUCUACAAAUUCAUCCUAUGGUGGAGUACCUUUAACAACUGCGUUAGAUAAUCCAGCUACAACUUCAUUUAAUGGUGGUGGAGGUGGGACUUUAGUUCUAACUGCCACUUCAUAUACAACGACUUUUGAUACCACUCAUGUUUCUGCUAGUAGUGGAGGAUUAUCAACAGGUGCAAAAGCAGGUAUUGGAGCUGGGAUUGGGGUGGCUGCCUUAGUAGCUUUAGGAUUUGUAUUAUUCUACUACAGAAGAUGGAAUAAAAAAUCAAAAUCAGAAGUAAAACCUAAAUCUUCUACUUAUAACUAUGCUCAUAUGAAAAAUAAUGAUAAUAAUACUAGUACUGAUUCUAAUAUUAAAGAUAGUCAUCAACAUAUAGAGGAGCAACAUAAUAACAUUGAAAUUCAUGAUGAAGAUGGAAAUGUCAUUAUUGAAUGA